AAGACGGCGUGCAGGAGAGCUGGCUACAGAUAUCGGUUGGCUUGCUCACUCUCGAUGCAGAGAGCCGAUGGAGCAUCGGAAUCGCUUUGAGAGCAUCUGUGGGCUAAACGCGUCCAGCACGUAAACUUCUGUCCGAAAACAAGCAGACGGCGGACGGCGACCGACCCGCAGCUGCCGAAGAGAGCGAGAAAGAGAGGGGUGGGGGGGAAGAGAAAAUACAAUAACACGCCUUUUUGGUGAUGCACGUAUCAUUGGACGUGUGCUCGCCCGGUCUGUUUGAGGGGAAAAGACGAAUCGUAUUGACCACUACGAGCCUUUGAGAGCAGGGAGAUGUCACCGCGAAGCAGAUGAUGGGGUGCACGCAACGACCAGUCCGUCGUACUGGUUUGUAAAGGAUGGACGGGAACGCUCGGAUUUGACGACCGUAUAUAUUUUGGGCGAAGAGCUGGCGUUGAGCACAUCUACAAUCUAUGGUCACUGGUGUGGGACUCACGGCGCCGUGGUCCAGGGGGCAGCCUUGCCCAGCACCACCACCACCAGAAGACUUGAACUUGCAUCCCGGCUUGGUGGGAUGUGACGCCGAGAGUGAAUGGUGCGCCACCUCUGAGCCGCUGAGCUGUCCGUGGUCCUGAAAGAAGCUGCUCUGCACACACUCACACGCACAAAUCUCAUAAGUGGACUCAAGACCCUCGUCCAGAUGGACACUGAUUUGGCCUGACAACGCCUCAGCACCAGCCCCCUUCCUUACUCUCUUCCAUGGCUGUGGCACGCAAAAUCAAAACUUUGCUGACCGUGAACAUUUUGGUUUUUGUCGGCAUCAUUUUGUUCUCGGUCUACUGCAGAAUACAAGACCGCUCCGAGGAGCUCAUCCAGAUCGGUCGGAUCUCGGACCAGAGACUGCGAGCUAGAAAUGGCAAAGUUACAAACUUGGUGGACAGGCAAUCCAUUCUGCAGAGGCUGGAGCGCCUUGAAGAUGUGGUCUACAAUCAGUUGAACGGCCUGGCGAAGCCCAUGGGCCUGGUUGAGGGUCCGGGGGGCCUGGGACAGGGAGGGGCCGCAGCCACGCUGAGCGAGGGGGACAACCGCGACGGCGACGGCAAGUACGAGGAGUACGGAUACAACGCCCAACUCAGCGACCGCAUCUCACUGGACCGGAGCAUCCCAGACUACAGGCCCAAAAAGUGCAAGCAGUUGACCUAUCCGGAGGACCUGCCUCAGAUCUCGGUGGUGUUCAUCUUUGUGAACGAGGCGCUGUCCGUCAUCCUGCGCUCCGUGCACAGCGUGGUCAACCACACGCCUGCACACCUCCUCAAGGAGAUCAUCCUGGUGGAUGACAACAGCGACAGCGUGGAGCUCAAGUUCAACCUUGACCAGUAUGUGAACAAGCGCUACCCGGGCCUGGUGAAGAUUGUCCGGAACAGCAAGAGAGAGGGUCUGAUCCGAGCCCGGAUCCACGGGUGGAACGCCGCCACUGGUGCCAUCGUCGGUUUCUUCGAUGCCCACGUCGAGUUCAAUACUGGCUGGGCCGAACCCAUCCUGACCAGGGUGAAAGAGGACCACAGCCGCAUCAUCCUUCCCGCCAUCGACAACAUCAAGUACAACACGUUUGAAGUGCAGCAGUACGCCAACGCUGCCCACGGCUACAACUGGGGCCUGUGGUGCAUGUACAUCAUCCCCCCCCAGGAUUGGCUGGAUAAGGGCGAUGAGACGGCCCCUAUCAGAACACCAGCAAUGAUCGGGUGCUCCUUUGUGGUUGAUCGGGAGUACUUUGGCGAGAUCGGUCUGCUGGACCCUGGUAUGGAGGUGUACGGGGGAGAAAACAUUGAACUGGGCAUGCGGGUGUGGCAGUGUGGCGGCAGCAUGGAGGUGCUGCCUUGCUCAAGAGUGGCCCACAUCGAACGCACCAAGAAGCCAUACAACAACGACAUCGAUUACUAUGCCAAGCGCAACGCCCUGCGCGCUGCCGAGGUCUGGAUGGAUGAGUACAAAUCCCAUGUGUACAUGGCCUGGAACAUUCCCAUGAACAACCCUGGGGUAGACUUCGGGGAUGUGUCUGAGCGGGUGGACCUGAGGAAGCGGCUGCAGUGUCGCAGCUUCCGUUGGUACCUGGAGCACGUCUACCCCGAGAUGCGCAUCUACAACAACACCAUCACCUAUGGCGAGGUGCGGAACAGCAAGGCCAGUGGGUACUGCCUGGACCAGGGCUCCGAGGACGACGACCACGCCAUCCUCUACCCCUGCCAUGGCAUGUCCUCCCAGCUGGCUCGCUACUCCACCGAAGGACUUCUUCAACUAGGACCUCUCGGGUCAACCAGCUUCCUGCCUGACACAAAAUGCCUGGUGGACGACGGUAGAGGUCGAACGCCGGCUUUGAAGAAGUGUGACGCUGUGUCUAGGGCUUCUCAAAGGUUGUGGGACUUCACGCAGAACGGACCAAUCAUCAGCAGGGAUACUGGCCGGUGCCUGGAGGUGGAGAUGUCCAAGGAGGCCAACUUCGGCCUGCGUCUGGUGGUGCAGCGCUGCUCGGGACAGAAGUGGAUGAUACGCAACUGGAUCAAGCACCCAAGGCACUAAAGCCAUAGAAACACAGAGAAGCGCAUAGACACACCCGGGCCAUGCAAGGACAAUGGUACGAUCACAGAGCUGUUCACCUGGGGGUGUGCGACUUAUGAAGAUGCUGUGGGAGUGUGCACUUCACACACACACACACAGACACAGACACAGACACACACACAGACACAGACACACACCCCCACACACACACACAGACACAGACCCACACCCACACACACACACACACACACACACACACACACACACACACACAUUCACACACAUUCACACAAACGAUCCCUUGCUCACACACACACACGCACACACACUAUGGACGGCCGUGUGCACUGAGCUCCCCUAAGGCGGGAACCUUUAUAGAGCCGGGACUUAAAAGUUGAGUAUGAUGAAGUGAUGUGCUCUGCCGGACUAAGACCUAACAGAAAGAGCUCUUGUGAUGUCGUUUUUCCCUUAAAAAAUGGGCCCUUCUUCAGCCAAGCCUACAGACCUACAGAAUAACUCGACGCAGACAGGACCUGAGAGGCACCGCAGUGUCCCCAGAACGGGUUCAACGUCACAAUCUUCUGUUGGAACGCAUAUUUUCCAAAUCCUUAAUAAAUGUUUGUUUUCAAAUCAAAAGAUUGCCAUCACUAUAAAUAGCCAUUUAACGAUUUCAGAUUUGGAUUAAUUGCUUUUGGAAACAUUCCCGGCCAACCUUGGUUGAGAGAGAUGGAAAAGGGGAAGGAAGGCUUAGAUGUGUGGAUACUUGGGACGUGGACCAUGAUGCAUUUCUCAGAGGGCCGCUGCUCGCACAUGACCCGCGGAAGAUUAUUACUCUUUUCUCUCUCUCUCUGGACUGCCUUGCUCACUGGGUACAGGAGCAAGCAUGUGCCUUCACCCCCC